UGUACACACAUAGUAGAACUUAGUACCGCUCCGAAGGCAUUGUAAAAAAGUCGCACGGCUUUCACCUUGACGGGAACUACAACGGCGGGUUGUCGGGAAAUAACGAACAUUUGCAAACGCGCAUCAUCGUCUGCCCCGAAAUUCACAAGAAGACUAUUUUUUCCACACGCCUUGUUGAACUGGCAUAAGGGAACGCAAUAGGUUGCUCUUCAACCUUUAAAACAAGCACAGGGAAAUGUCAUUGGAAGUUUUGGGAAUCCAAUGCCUCUAUAAAUCUUUCGAGGAAUCAAAUCAUUGUGUUACAGCUGAACCAGUAGCCCGGAGCAGAGCCCUGCAGAAACACCGCUAUGUGGAGCUGCAUGGUGUACAACGAGACAGAUGACAGCGUGGACCACCAGCUCUGCCAGGACUUUGGACUCGUUCUGUCCAUCUUUUCCCUCAUCUACCUCAUUGUGUGCUUCCCCGUGGGGCUGUGCUACAAUGCUCUGCUGGUGGUGGUCAACCUCUCUAACAAGGUGUCCAUGACCAUGCCGGACGUGUACUUCGUCAACAUCGCCAUCGCUGGCCUGGUGCUCAACGUGGUGGCGCCGGUCGAGCUGCUGGGUCCCAGGUUCACCAGGUGGCCCGUGUGGGACUACAACAAUGAGAUCUACAUCACCCUCCUCAUCCUGUUCAACAUCUCCUCGCUGGUGAUCAUGUACUCCACCACGCUGCUCAGCCUCGACUACUACAUCGAGCGCGCCCUGCCGCGCACCUACAUGUCCAGCGUCUACAACACCAAGCACGUGUGCGGCUUCAUCUGGGGCGGCGCCGUGCUCACCAGCUUCUCCUCCUUGCUCUUCUACGUCUGCAACCACGUCUCCACAAAGAUCAUAGAGUGCUCCAAGAUGCAGAACAAGGAGGCGGCGGACGCCAUCAUGAUGUUCAUCGGCUACGUGGUGCCCGCCGUGGCCGUCUUCUAUGCCUUCGUGCUCAUUCUGCGCAUCCGCAAGGAGUCCACGCCGCUGGACCAGGACUCGGGCCGGCUGGACCCUUCCAUCCACCGACUGCUCCUGGCCUCUGUCUGUAUGCAGUUUGUCCUAUGGACCCCGUACUACAUGACUCUACUGGUGCACACACUCACUGGGGUACAGGGGAGUUACUCUGACAGGCCGCGGGUCACCACCUACUAUUUCCUGAGGUGUAUGUCCGAACUCCUGGCCUUCUCUAGCAGCUUCGCCAUGCCCCUGAUGUACAGGCAGAUGAACAAGAACUUCUCCCACAAGCUCCAGCGGCUCCUUAAGAGGCUGCAUUGUGGGGAUCACGGCUGCGCCCAUGAACGCUCUGUGGUGCAGCAGGUGGUCACAUAAGGAGGGACUUGUGCCUCUUGCUGCACCCGUGACCUGAAGUACAGAACUUGCAGGGCGAGAACACAGCACAGGAUGUUUUUAUGUACAACACCUUGUCAGCUUGCCUCCUAAUGAGUGGCAUUUGUGUUUUCUGCUAAAACUGAAGAAAGUUUAGCAUUGUUAUAGACUUUUCUGUCUGGGGGUGUCUCUGUCAUGAGUUGAAAACUAAGAUUAAACCAUUAAGUGCUGUUUUCAGGAACGCUUAAGCGAUUAUGAAGAAAAGUAUCAGAGACCACCACCUUGCUUUUGUUCAGGAAUGUUCUCCUCUUCUACUAGUGUACACUGAGUAAUCUUCCCUAAAGCUACACAUCACAAAAGUCAGUCUCUUGCCGGAUGUCCACUUGUGUGGAAAACAGACAAUAUACAUACCUCAGCUUUCACCCCAUGGGGAGUUAAGUAGGAUUCUAACAGUCUCCCAGGAACAGCCCUGUAGGACCUCAGGUCUCAGUGAGAAUGAUAAGUGGGGUGCUGGAUGCAGACCUGCCACAGUGACUCAUGGGCCUCUUCUGUUGUGGGUAGACAUCAUUUAACUGUACUGCAAAAUUGAUUUCUGGUUAUCAAGCAUUUGGAAAGCUUUCUCUUGGUGUAAAGUAGUCAUGUGAUGCAUUUGCUGCUAAGAGGUGUCUAGGAGGCAUGAGUGAAAUCUGCACAACUGCUUUAUUAACCCACUGCCCACAGAGAGAGAACACAUAUCUUUUCAAAAAUGAAGUACAGUGUAUUCAUAGUUCUGCAUUAUGAAAGCUAAUGAACACAUGGCUCUAUCAUGUUGGUCGUGUAAUGCUUUCUCCUGUGGUUGACUGUAUUGGGUUUUAGUUUGUCAGGCUGCUUGAAUUACAGCAGGGUGCAACAGAGGACUCAAUGAGUGCACUACGCACUAAUCUGAAAAUCUGUUCAUCAAAGUAAUCCUGAAAAAUAUUUCAGAAAGGGGCCCACCAGCUCAAUUAUUUUUUUAAAGGAGGAACCAGCUGCUUAAAAUGUUAAUUGCAGGCAGUGCUACACACUGCAGCACAGGAAAUAACUGCCACUAUGCAGAAAAAAUGUGUUAAAGAAGGACAUGAAUAAACAGGAGUUCAAUAUUGUAACUGGUUUUAAACUACAGCCAAACGGAGGGAAGGGGGGUGAAGAAACUUGUUAAUCAUUGUUUCAACCCAGAUCGAAGUCACUCAGAUGAAAGUAUGUUUGAGCUGCUGGAGAAUAUUCUGCUGUUACAGGGUAUUAUAGAAACAGCUUAAGCACAGGGUCAGGUAGGCUGUAGGAGACAUCUUGUAGCUUAUGAGCUUUUGCUAGAAUCUCACAAGCAUUAAUGUGGAUGGAUACACCACCGGAGCACUACUAUAGUGCUCUUGCAAAAACAAGGGUAUUGAUGAAGACUGAACCAAAUGGAGAUGAUUUCCCAAAAAGUACAUGCAUCCUUGUGUAAAUCUGUUAUUACAUCCAAAAUGGCAAACUUACCCAAAGAUCCAAAGAAUCCACAUAGGAGUACAAUAACACCUUUAUUAUGGCAUCAGAAACAUGUCGACAGUGGUUUUCAUGUGUUAUUUUGCCUGCAUGAUGGUGGCUUUUAACAUUCCCAUGAAUGAGUGCCUUGGAUGCUUGGAUAAGACUGCCUUUAUGGACAAGGAUAAAAUUUCAUUGUAAUUGUAGAUGAUUUGGCUACGGCUCUGUGCUAAUAAGGGUAGUACUUAAUGUAAAGUUCAUUGCAAAGUAACAAUCAGAACAAAAGGCUGAAUUUGAUGAAAAAUGAAUGCAACCCUGUGUAACAAACCAGCCUGACAAACUUCACUGAAAUUGCUAUGAAAAUGUCUUGAGUCCCAUUUCUAAUGCCAUUUUCCAUUACCAGCAUGCAUGGAAAUAUAACUGCAUGCAGGUUCAGCAAAAAACCUACCAAAUCAUAAACUAAUCUCCAUCAAAAUGUGGACAUCUUACAAUGAACCAAUGAAAAACAACAGAAAAAUAAAAUUGUUCAUUGUUUCAUUGGGUUCCAGCAUGAUGGAUCACAAAUAUUCACCCAGAUAUGAUGAGCCAAUGUAAUAUACAUGUUUGUACCAAAAUGAGUAUAUUUUUUUGGAAAAAGUACUGUAUGUGUAUACUGAUUAUAGUUUCAUCCCACUUAUGUAA